AUGGAAUGUCCAAAAGAAUCCCCUUAUGGUUGUGAUCUUCCUAGGUUUAGUGCCAAGGACUUUUCGGCAAGACUGAGAGGUAAAAACCUAAUGCUGGUAGGAGAUUCUAUGAACCGAAACCAAUUUGAGUCCAUUAUGUGCAUACUUCGUGAAGGCCUGCACAAUAAGAGCAGAAUGUAUGAGAUACAUGGUCAUAAAAUAACAAGAGGAAGAGGCUACUUUAUUUUCAAAUUUGAGGACUAUAAUUGUACAGUGUCAUUUGUGAGAUCUCAUUUCCUUGUGAGGGAGGGAGUUCGCUUGAAUGCACAAGGGAGUUCAAAUCCUACAAUAUCAAUAGAUCGAAUUGACAGGACAUCUAACCGUUGGAAGAGGGCUGACAUUCUCGUCUUCAAUACCGGGCACUGGUGGGCUCAUGGAAAAACUGCUCGAGGAAUAAAUUAUUAUAAAGAAGGCGAUUAUCUAUAUCCAAAAUUUGAUCAAGUCGAGGCAUACAGAAAGGCUAUCACGAUGUGGGGAAAAUGGAUCGACAAUAAUAUCAAUCCAAAAACGCAGACUGUCUACUAUCGUGGAUAUUCUUCUGCUCAUUUCAGGGGUGGAGACUGGGACUCAGGUGGAUCAUGCAACGGUGAAACUGAACCGGUUUUGAAUGGGUCCAUCUUGAAUAACUAUCCAUUGAAAAUGAAGAUAGUGGAAGAAGUGAUUCAGAGAAUGAAGAUUCCAGUAAAGUUGUUAAAUGUCACAAGGCUGACUAAUUUCCGCAAGGAUGGCCACCCAUCUGUCUAUAGCAAGAGCUUAGUGGAUGGAAAGAAAGUCUCCACGAGGCGGCAAGACUGUAGUCAUUGGUGUCUUCCCGGGGUCCCUGAUGCAUGGAAUGAACUCAUUUACGCCACUUUGGUUUUACAGCAAACAAAUUCAAGGAAUUGACUCAGACUUUUCUCUUUGAAAAAGUUUAUUUUCUGUGUGGGAGAAAAUAGAAGUAAAAAACAGAAAAGGUGUAUUGAGGAUAGUGAAAAGUGUACCUUUAGUUCUAUACCUUGACAAUGACAAUUGUUCAAACACGGAA